GCAGUGCCUCAGAAAUGAAUCGGAGGAGGAAGAUGGUGGUCAUCAAAUUUAAUAAAACUGUCUUAUGUUGUUUUUAAAUUCGUCCUGGAUCAUCUCUGCCACGUUAACCGCGACCAGAACCAGAAUGGAGGAAGAGUAGGGGGUCAAAGAAAUGGCGUAUUUCUUAGUCAACUAGCAAGCUAACCAGCUAGCUGACGUUAGCACCAGGCUAUCAUAGGCAUAGGCAUCAGUACUGUUGCUGCUUAUAUUAAAAUAUAGGAAAAUGUACUUUCUCUACACAAUCAUCGCGUCUUUAGUUGCCUUUUUCAUUUUGAAAUGGAUGAAAAAGAGGAGGUAUUGCAACGAUGUGAAAAGACUUAAUGGCAAAACAGUUCUUAUCACAGGUGGGAAUUCUGGCAUUGGCAAGGAGUCAGCCAUCGCCUUGGCAAGGAGAGGCGCCCGCGUCAUCGUGGCUUGCAGAGACCCUGACAAGGCUGAGAAGGCUGUGAGGGAGAUCAAGUUCAAGAGUCACAGCCUUAAUGUCCUUCACAUGGAGCUGGACCUCGCCAACCUGCGGUCUGUGAGGGAAUUCUGCAAGGACUUCCUCCAGAGAGAGAAGAGGCUUGACAUCCUGAUCAAUAAUGCAGGCAUGCCCGGCGUCCUCGCCUGGACGGACGACAACUUCAGCAUGUGUUUUGGCGUCAACCACUUGGGUCACUUCCUCCUAACCAAUCUGCUCCUGCCUCGCCUGAAGGAAUGUGCCCCCAGCCGUGUGGUCACCCUCACGUGCUCCAGCUACAAAUACCAGAAGCUGGACUUCCAGGACCUCAACUACAACCUGCUGCCCUUCUUCACCUAUUGCCGCAGCAAGCUGGCUAACAUCUACUUCAGUCAGGAAGUGGCCCGCGUCGCUGAAGGGAAAGGAGUGACCUCCUAUGCUGUGCACCCUGGUUUUGUCCAAAGCGGCUGGACGUGCCACUACUCCAUCCUGUUCCGCAUGCUGAUGCAGGUGAUCAUGUGGAUGUUUUUCGUGCCGUGCGAGAUCGGGGCUCAGACUGUCGUCUACUGUGCUGUGUCGGAUGAAGCUGCCAAACACAACGGGGGCUACUUCGUCGACUGCCGACCAGCUACUCUGCGUCCAUUCGCAAGAGACGCCGGUGUGGCAAAAAAACUCUGGGAGGCCAGUGAGAGACUGGUGAAACUGGCCUGAUGGUGGAAACUGGGUGAAGCUCAUCCUUAGAUUUGUUUAAGGUUGUGUACGUUUUUCAUUCAGAUGUAAAUAUUUUGUUUUAUGUGUUUGUCUAAUUUAAGAGGAAAUGUUUUGCACAAAUAAAAGACUUUACAAUGA